AUGUAGUGAAACAAUCAUAUAGAUAUUCUGCCAUGUUAAGUUAGGAGCUUUCAAUAUUCAAAGGACACAAAGACGCAUAUAAGUCAUACUACUACAGCAGCACUCGAACAUGAUCGGAUGAUAGGUUCACAGGUUUCGUGGUGUAGUUGGUUAUCACGUCAGUCUAACACACUGAAGGUCUCCGGUUCAAGUCCGGGCGAAAUCAAAUUAUUCUUUUGUCCUCGGUUCACUCUGUGGAUUUUUUUUUAGUACCUAUAAGUGUGUCUGUCUUGUAAGGUAUUGGAGUUUGAGAUAUCGCGUUGCGUUGUAUACGAGACUCAGGCAGCAAUAUGAAGUGAGACAAUUUGACGGUGUUCAUCACUACUAAAAACGUGAUGUUCUUAUGCGUUGGGCGAGAAGAGUUCAACAAGAUGCCACCUAAUGACGGAGAUCGCCGAAACCAGGUGUGUCUCAACCUUGAAGCUGGUAUUAUUGCGUGGCGGGGUUGUAGGGCUAUUUAGCCUUAUGUCCUUGCACAUGUGUGUUACCAACUACCCUUCUGUGUAUUCUUAGGUUUGGCUGAUGAGUAUUAAGAGUGUCAAAUAUUCCAUAGUCCUCGAGUUGUGCGUCACAAGUCAUAGAUAGAAAUGGCUUCCGCCAGCGUUGAUACAGUUCAAACCCCUGGGACAACCCAGCUGCGGCUCUCCUCCGGCAACGGUCCUAUCUCAAGGACUAUAUUGAAGACGCCCCUGCGCGACGCCCACCCAUCGGAAAUUCCCAUCAUUGACAUCUCGGGGGCUUUCAGCGACUCCAGUGAUGCCCGGGUGGACGUGGCUCGCCAGAUCCGUGACGCCGCGACGAACAAUGGAUUCUUCUAUAUCAAGAACCAUGGCAUACCGCCUGAGAUACCUGAAUCGGCCUGCGAGGAGCUCCUCGGGUUCUUCCGGCAGCCGCGGGAGGUCAAAGAUCGCGCCCACGUCAGUCAGUCAAAGUACUUCAACGGCUACAAGCCACCGAGGUCGCAGCGCAUCAAUCCCUUUGAGUCGGUCGACGUGCGCGAGACCUUCUCCUGGACUUACGACCCGAGAUAUGACCCCUCAGUACCAGAUCCGGAUGCCGUACCACUUCACAUCGCGCAGUACCUGCGGUGCGAGAGUUUUCACUGGGACGCCACCGCGAACCUGCCUCAUUUCAAAGAGGCCAUUGUGCGCUACUGGCGCUCGUGUCUCGCCGUGGCGCGGGCCCUCGUACGGUGCUUCGCGCUGUCGCUCGAUCUGCCUGAGGAUUUCUUCGCGGACAAGUUCACGCACCCCGACGCCGCCCUCGGGCUGAACUACUACCCGCCGUUACCCGGCGUGCCGCAGAAGGCACCAGCAGAGCAGGGCGAGACGGAGGUCUCCAUCGGCUCACACACAGAUUUCCAGCUCUUCACGAUCCUGUGGCAGGACAACAACGGCGGCUUGCAGGUAUUGAAUCGCCAGGGCCAAUGGAUCAAUGCGAAGCCCAUCCCAGGCACCUUCGUCGUCAAUAUAGCGGAUUACAUGCAGCGCAUCACCAACGACCGCUACGUGAGCACCGUCCACCGCGCGCAGAACUACAGCGGCCACGAGCGGAUAAGCAUGCCGUUCUUUUUCGGAUUCAAUCUGAAUGAGAGCUGUGGCGUGCUCGAUAGUUGCGUCGCCGAGGGCGAGGAGAAGAAAUACGGAGAGAUUAGCUGCGAGGAAUGGGUCCAGAGACGCGUGAGGGCGAUGCACAGGCAAGGCGAGUCGUCGGGUAAAUGAACGGAUAUAAGGUGGUGCAGUAGCUGCGAGGAGCAUCAGCUGCUUGUGGGAUUGCUUCUCUGACACUCUUCAGAACGCUACAAAAUCGUUCCGAUAACAUCGUGUCAGUUAGAUGUUUUGUGUGUAUACGAGAUUAUUACUCAUAAUAGCGUGCCACCACGUUGGAAGCGCCUUCUUAUUGAAUGGCACUUCUAUUCAUC